GAGAUAUCGAUUGGAGAAGACGCGCCACUUACCAGAGAUCAAGGACAUUCAUUUUAAUAAAGUAUUUAUUUUUUACCACUCGUCAGUGUAAUUUCCAUUGCAGAAGAUGUGUUCCACUGUGUGUUUGAUGUUUUUACUCCUGGGCGUAAUGAACGCUGCACUUUCAACUCCUUUUGAAUCAGAGGAUAUUGUACCUGUCCGGAUAAAUGGAAGAAUCAGUGGUCGCUUUUGGAAAAGGAGUGAGGAGCAGCCGAGGUUUAUCCUCAGUGCAUUUGGCAAGGAUUUGACACUUAAUCUUAUUCCAGAUACCAGCUUUAUCGCGCCUUCGUUCACCAUACAGCGCAUCAAAGCCAGAGAUGUUGGCGCUUUACGCAGCGCUUCAGGUGCCCAGCCUGUCGCAGAUCUCCACAAAUACAUGAACCAGACAGAGGAGAGUGAAGGACAUCUUAGGAGCUGUUUUUACUCGGGGAAUGUAGACCACGAUGAGAGCUCGGUGGUGGCUGUCAGUUUGUGCGCCGGCAUCUUUGGCUCCUUUAUAACGGAGGGGAAAGAGUAUUUAAUUGAGCCCAAACUCCGCGGCGGCCUGGGGCCAGACGCUGCCGAGCAUCUGCAUGUCAUCAAGAGGAGGACAUUCACAAACAGCCACGGUGUUCCCCUCCUGUUUGAUCACGCGACGGCGGCGGCGGAGCACAACGGGGAAAGGAGGGAACCUCGCCGGCGACGCUUUGUUUCCGCACCACGGUUCAUAGAGACCCUGGUUGUGGCAGACUCAACUAUGACCCAAUUCUUCGGAGAUGAAAUAAAGCACUACAUUCUAACCCUGAUGUCAAUGGCUGCCCAGCUUUACAAGCACCCCAGCAUAAAGAACUCGGUCAACAUAGUGGUGGUUAAGAUGUUGGUGGUGGAGGAAGAGGAGGUCGGCCCGGAGGUCUCCAGCAACGGGGGGGUUGCUCUGAGGAACUUCUGCUCCUGGCAGCAGCUCUUCAACCCGCCGAGCCAGAGGCAUCCAGAGCACUAUGACACUGCCAUGCUCUUCACCAGAGAGGACAUCUGCGGACAGAAGAGCUGCGACACGUUGGGUGUGGCCGAUGUUGGGACGAUGUGCGAUCCCAAGAGAAGCUGCUCAGUUAUCGAGGAUAACGGCCUGCAAGCUGCCUUCACAGCUGCUCACGAGCUCGGUCAUGUGUUGAGUAUGCCUCAUGAUGACUCCAAGACCUGUGAGAGGCUGUUUGGAGAUCUGGGAGGUCAUCACCUGAUGGCUCCUCUGUUUGUCAGCCUCAACAAGACCGCGCCUUGGUCUCCCUGCAGCGCUCUCUACAUCACAGAGUUCUUUGACAAUGGACAUGGGGACUGCCUGCUGGAUGUAACAAAGAGUACCAUGCCGUUACCGAGCGAGCUGCCGGGCUUCAAGUACAGCCUGGACCAGCAGUGCCAGCACAUGUUUGGAGAGGAGUUUGUCCAAUGCCCCAACUCCUCAGAUAGUGAUAUUUGUAGCCAGCUGUGGUGUCAGGAGGAUGGGACGCAGCAGUGCUCCACCAAGAACGGCAGCUUGCCCUGGGCGGACGGGACCCCCUGCAGCCUCAACGGGUCCUGCCUCCACGGAGAGUGCAUGCCCACUCAGGACGUGAUGCAGCCUUUGGUGGCUGUGGACGGCGGCUGGAGUUUGUGGGGACCGUGGCAGCAGUGCUCCAGGACGUGUGGAGGGGGGGUGGAGUUCUCCCACAGGGAGUGCACUGAACCUGUCCCGCAGAACGGAGGGAAGUACUGUGAGGGACAGAGGGUUCGGUACCAGUCCUGCAACACGCAGCCCUGUGACGAAGACGAAGGAAAGAGUUUCAGAGAGGAGCAGUGUGAUAUGUACAACAGCCCUAACUACCUGGACUACAAUGGGAAUAUGAAACAGUGGAUCCCAAAGUACGCCGGCGUUUCUCCCAGAGACAGAUGCAAGCUGUUCUGCAGGGCCAGGGGCAGCAGUGAAUUUAAGGUGUUUGAACCCAAGGUCAUUGAUGGGACGACCUGUGGCCCUGACACCACAUCGGUGUGUGUCCAAGGCCAGUGUGUGAAGGCCGGCUGCGACCAAGUGAUUGGGUCCAACAAGAGAUUGGAUAAGUGUGGAGUGUGUGGAGGGAGUGGGCUCACUUGUCGAAAGAUCACAGGCUCCUACAACAAAGCAACCUAUGGAUACAGCGACAUUGUCACAAUUCCUGUUGGCGUUACGAACAUUGACAUCAAACAGCGGAGCCACAGAGGAAUCAAACAUGAUGGGAAUUACCUGGCUGUAAAGAGAGAGGGUGGCGGUUACAUCCUCAACGGUAACUUCUCUGUAUCCAGGGUGGAGCAGGACAUUCCUGUGCUGGGCGCUGUGCUGAAGUACAGCGGCUCCUCCACCACGCUGGAGAGGAUACAGAGCUUCAGGCAGCUGAAGGAGGCCAUCACCAUCCAACUCCUAGCCACUGCAGGGGACGACAACCCUCCCAAGGUCAAAUAUACCUUUUUCAUCCCUAGAGAUGUGAGCUUCAACAAAUCAAAGGAGAGGAAGGCCUUUGCACCGUCUUUGCAUAUGAUCCAUCCGUUUGGCGUACCUGACUGGAUGCUAGGGGAGUGGUCUGAGUGCUCCAAGAGCUGUGGCUCCGGAUGGUCCCGGAGGAACGUUGAAUGCAGAGACAACGCAGGCUUCCUUUCCAGCCAUUGUGACAGAGACCUUAAGCCUGUAGACAUCAGGCCCUGUGGGGAUGUGCCAUGCCCCAUUUGGCAAAUGGGGCCUUGGUCCGUCUGCUCACGAACUUGUGGCCAGGGGGAGCGCCGCCGCAGCGUUGUGUGCAUAGACUACACUGGGAAGAUUGUUGAGUCAGAGAAGUGUGAUCUGAACAAAAUCCCAGAUCCAGUCUCCGGGGACUGUCUCAACCAAGAAUGCUUAUGAAGAACAUGAGUAUACUGAACUUUCCCUGAUUGGUCCGACUGCAUUUACCAACCAUGGAUGGAAUACUGGAUGGGCUCUCCAGGCACAGACAAACAACCAAAAAGGCACACAAUGACAACACAAAACAACCGUAGGCUUAAAACCACCCAAAACAUAUCACAAAGGGAUGCAAAAUGAUGAAGAAGAAACACAAAACAAAUACCAAGAGACACAAACAACCACAGAGACAAAAAACGACCGCAUAUUGACACAAAAAUACCACCAAUUAAACCAAAGUGACCACAAACAGAAGCAAAAUGAGCACAAAGAUAAACAUAACAUAAACCAGAAGACACAAAAGAACCACAAGGAGACAUAUACCAAACACUAACUGACAAAAACAACUACAGACACUCAAAAUUGCCACAAAGAGACAUAUCAAAAACACAAAGAGACCCGAAACCACUUCAAAGAGACACAAGUUGACACAAAGUGACCACCAAAAGAGCCAUACAUGUCUGUGCCCGGGGGUCCCGUGCUUGUAAUCCGUCCAUAUUACUAACUGGUAGCAUCUAGUCAGAUCAUGGGAAUUUACCUGAAUAUUGUUUUGUCAUGUUUUGUUGACAUUAGACACCACUAUUGAGACACAAUGGAAAUCUACCUCAGGAUGUACAUGUGAUGCUAUGUAUAGUUGUUAGACGAAGGUGCUGUGUGUGAGUUUCUCCAGAAAGAGAAACAAAAAACUAACUUUUUUGGAUGAAGUCUGGUAUAAUCUGCAAUAUGUCUUUCUAAGUUUGCUUUCAUUUAUUGUGGGGCUAAAGCAAUGGCAUGAAACCUGCUGUCCAACACCAGCAAAGUGUAAAUAUAUCUCCAACUGUCCUCCACAGAACUCAAAGUCCUUCAAAGCUCAAAGGAGCCAUUUAAUAAUAAUAAUAAUAAUGGGUUCCAUUUAUAAAGCACUUCAUAUUUGAUUUCAAAUCCCGAAGUGCUACAAGUAGUGAGCAUGAACAGUAUAAAUAAACAUUACACAACACGGUAGAAUUAAUAAAAAGCAAUACAAAAAUAAAUAAAAGGGUGAUAAAAAGGUCUAGGCAAAGGCUCUUUUGAAGAGAUGGGUUUGUCUUGUAUUGAGGCCGGUACGUAUACGAUUGAUACAUUGGAGUAUUAAGCCUCUGUGAAAUGCGUUUUUGUGUGUGUUGAACUGUAGGAAUACUAAUCAGUGACACUCAAACAGGAUUAUUUUGGACUUUAAAAUGUGCUACUAAGGACUACAGAUUUUUUCAAUGCCAACUAGAGGUAUAGAAUGUAUUACAAUUGUUAGAAUUUGAUUUUACACAUUGUGUAAAGUGAAUUAGCCUUGAUAAUGAGAAACCCAUGACAGAGAAAUUCCCUCUGCCCUGUAGUUUAAUUUUAUUCCAAGGAUUACAAUUGUGUUGAGUGGUACAGACAAUUUGCCAUGCUACAAAUGUUUGUUUGGAGGUGUAGUUACCAAGUCGUAAGCAUACUAUCUAUCGUGUAUGUGAAAAGUAUCUUUGAUUCGUUUCCAGACUUUUUUUUGUUAAUGCAUCAUAUGCAAACACUCACAGAUGUUUUCAGACUCUUGUAUGUAUAUUAGAUUUUUUAUUCUGAUGUUAAUUUACAUAAUGUUAUAAAACAAAACAGAAUGAGUAUUAGGCUUAUACUGUAUCCCUUCAGUGAAGGACCAUACUAUUUUAUUAUUACAGCUUCCUUUUUAAGCUAUUUAUUUUUGUAUUUUUUAUUACCUUGGACAUAUA